AUGUCCUCAGUUCAGGCAAGCACCAGCCCGACAGUACCAGCGCCGCCCACGCCCUCCGAAAGCCGCAGGUCUCACUCGUCGCAAUCCGAAAAGAGUGAAUCGGAUCCGGGCCGUAACCCGGCCGGGACUGAAGAUGUCGUUGCUGCUUCAGAACUGCUCUUGGAUGCCACGGAAGAUGUUCGACAGAUUAUAAGACUCGUCCAAUGCUGGGUGUGUUCUCGCAUCCUGCAUAAUCCUACGACUAUACCAUGUGGGCGAAGCUGCUGCCAGAGCUGCAUUCCUCCAACUCACAUUCGAACGAACAUUUCCUGGCCAGCGACAGCGAAUCGGCUCUAUGGCUUUGAGUGUCCCUUUGAGGAUUGCCAAAAGGAACAUGCCAUUGGGGAUUGCAGUGUUGAUGUCACCAUGAACAAGGUUCUGGACAUUAUCCAGCAGGCUAUGGAGCGGGAUCGUGAGGUAACACAAGCAUCUGGUGUUUCCACUUACAUGUCGGUGCAGGAUCAGUGGCAGGUUGCUGGCUUGCCCAGCAUGGAAGAGAAGGACCCUGUUUCGCAAGUUUUUAAAGGCGGUCGCAUUGUGUCGACGUACACAAUGGCCGAAACUGGACAGCUUAAAUAUACUUGCGAGGUGACUUACACGGCUGUAGGUGCCACAGAGGAGGAAGUUACAGCAAGGGACGAAGUCGCUUUUACAAAGUUGAAAGAGGCAGUGCGCACAGAGAUGGACUGUCAAAUAUGCUAUGCGUUACUCCUCGAUCCUCUUACCACGACAUGCGGUCAUACAUUUUGUCGGAAUUGUUUGCACCGAACCCUCGGCGGCUCAGAACAUUGCCCCAUUUGUCGAAGAACCCUUAUGAUGCAGCCAAAUGUUCUCCAAAGCGACACGCCAUCGAAUCAGCGCUUGGUAAACAUGAUCAAUGGAUUCUGGGCGGACACUGUUGCGGUUCGAGCACAGAAUGUGCGUGCCGAGCUCCAGGACGAACUAGCAGGGGAUUUCGACAUUCCGCUCUUCAUAGUUUCCCUUGCGUUCCCGGCCAUGCCAACCUUCCUCCACGUUUUUGAGCCGCGCUAUCGCCGCAUGAUUCGCCGAGCUAUAGAAGGUGAUCGCAUGUUUGGCAUGGUGGCUGGCACGCAACAUCCGCAACCUAAUGGUGCAAAUUUUCGUGAAGUCGGCACGUUACUUCGAAUCGUCAACAUCGAAUUCUUCCCCGAUGGCCGCAGUUUGCUGGAAUCGGUUGGCAUUUCACGCUUUAGAGUUACUAGCCAUGGGUUUGUGGAUGGCUAUCCAGUGGGACGAGUUGAAAAAAUCGACGACAUUACCCUGGCCGACGAAGAAGCCAUGGAAGCUUCGGAAACCUUAACGGGCCAGGGCGUCCAAAACUUCACUCAACUUGUUACAGGAGCAGCUUCAGAGCCCCCCGACACUAUUUUGCAAUCUGGAGAAACGCGUAUACUCACUGUUCAAGAAUUGGAUUCCAAAUCCACCCGCGAACUGUUCGACAUUGCUGUCUCAUUUGUUACGAGGAUGCGCGCGCAAAGUGUAUCCUGGCUACAGGCCAGGGUACUGGCUAUAUUCGGCGACUGCCCAAACGACCCAGCGAUAUUUCCUUGGUGGUUUGCUAGCGUCCUCCCUGUCAGCGAGGAAGAGAAGUACAGGCUUCUUGGGACGAAGAGCGUUCGACAACGCAUGAAAAUAUGCUGCCGGUGGAUUGUCGAAUGGGAAUCAAGCAGAUGGUGA